AUGUUCUCAGGAACACCCUUGACGACGUUUCCAACUCAUUCCCGCAACGAUGCACAGUCACAAAAAGAGCUGUACCGUCUUCUAUGCGAGGAGCUUAGUCCAAUUAUCAUCAUCAGUGAUCCGGCUGAGUGUAAUGAGAACUUCCUGAUUGUUCUCAAGACAAUUGUUGACUUCUUGGAAGAACAAAACCACCUGUACCAUCUAUGUUCCAAACUAGCGUUUCGAGUCUUGAGACUGAAUUUAUUCGUGAAGAACUAUAAACUUUGCAUUGGCAAGCUCCUAGGCUUAUUCGAGUUUGUCAGUCAACCAGUUGCAGGCAACUGUGAUUCCUCACAGACAUUAGAAGAGUUCAUCCUGGUGAUGAUACUCUUGAUGCUUAAGCUUCUCUCGGAAAACGAGUCACAAGAUAGUUUUGUAAAGCCGGAAAAGAUCAUGCGCACUUUGCGUCAAUUGGGCUUUUUCAUGAUCAUGGCUAAGUCUAUUUCUGCCAAAGCCCAUACUAGAGAGCAUACAAGGUCAAGCUAUUUUUUGAUCAAAUUUGAUUGUGACAUUAUUUUCCAGUACUUGUAUGAGGUAGGAAUGCUUGCAGAGGAGCAGUUUGACUUUUUGUGCUCCAACGACCUCAUUCCCAGUGUUCUUCAGAAUCUACUAUCAAUGGGCAACUUUGAUGAUUACACGGACUCAGUGGAAGACUCUGAAAAUGUGAAAACUUUGGUUUCUUACGAGCAGUUUAAAUUGAUUCUCCUACUCAACGAACAAUUCAUGAUGAGACUCUUGACUACAAGUUCCCAUGCAAAUAAAGUGUUUGAAAGUCUCUGUGUUGGGGAAACAAACACGACUAAUGGAAUCUGUGCUUUUGUGAACAUUCUUGUUUAUCAUAUGAACAGAGAGGAAUCUCAUGUAUUGAAAAUAUUGAUGCUCAAAUUCUUGUAUCUUGUUUUCACUUCCUCAUACUCAGCUAGACUUCCUUACUUGAACGACGUAAAAAUCAUUAUCGACAUCAUUGUUCGUGAGCUAAACGACUUGAAUUAUUGCUCCGAUGACGACGACAGCUCUUUGUUAGCGUUGACCUAUGUCAAGGUUUUAUUUACAAUGCUCCUGUUUUCUCAACUCAGUGAUUUGACGCCAGUUUAUAAACCGGCUGAAAUUACAGAUGUGCUUUCGAACAUAAUUCUCAACUGUGAAAGUGCUCUGAAUAAGCAAUCCGAAUCUAGCUCCGAACUUAGGGCGCAGGCAAUCGUUAAAACAGCAAUGAAAUGCCUCAAAAUUCCUUGUCUCAAGUGUACAAAGCCCGUUGCAAAAGUUAAUCACCUCAUGUAUCAUCAAAAUGACAGCGCAGAUAGCGUAGGACUGCUUUCUUCUCACAACUCUCGCGUCCAUCAACUUCGAACAAACUCAAUCGAUUCAUCAAACUCGGUUGAGUCGUUUUCGUUAGCCCGUGUGUCAUCUGUCCGCGCAACUAAUGUUAAUGAUUACAAUCUUUCCAAUGUCAAUCCAGUCACAAAGAGCCUUGAGCGAUCAUUGAAGAAAGAAGAGUUUGAUAGCAUGUCAGACUUAGAGACUUCUAUUGAUUGUUUGACAGUACAGGAUACUGCAACCAAAUUAGAUUCAAGAUCAAUCUUGUCCGAGUCUUCUCCAAAGAAGUCAAGUUCUAUAAAGACCUCGAUUCUGGAGAAAGCGAAAUUGAAAAAGGCUCCACCUCCACCCCCACCCCCGCCUCGUCAAAGACGUUAUGUAUAA